AUGGCGUCGGCCGGUCGCCCUUCGUCAACCCGUCGGUUCCUCAAGCCCCUCCUUUAUUCCGCAGCUACGCUGGCUGGCGUUGGCGGGACGGUCAUCUACAUAUCCUACCGUCCCAUCAACGUGCCCGGCUCUCAAGGUGCCCUCGUGCCGACCCCGCGGACCGAGGACGGAACCAUCAUUCCUCCCAAAUUUCCCCUGAUCAAGUCCCGCGCUGAACAGAUUGCGGACUUGACGAGGAGUGGUGGCUUGGUCGAGGCGGCCUCGGCAACACCCAUUACACAGCAGUUGAAGAACAGUUUUGAUCGGUUAAGAGUGGCGACGCAUGGGGAUAAAGAGACAUCGUUGCCUCAGACACAAGAAGCCGGAGAACCAUACGAUCUCUUAGUGAUCGGUGCGGGCGCCACGGGGUCCGGCAUUGCCCUUGAUGCGGCGACUCGCGGCUUAAGAGUCGCGCUGGUCGAGCGUGAUGACUUUGCCGCAGGCACAAGCAGCAAGAGUACCAAGCUCGUCCACGGCGGUGUCCGAUACCUCGAAAAGGCCUUUUGGGAACUGGAUUACAAUCAGUACGCCUUGGUCAAAGAAGCGUUGCGCGAGAGGAAGUACUUCCUCGACACGGCACCUCAUCUUUCCACAUGGCUUCCUAUUAUGAUUCCUUUGCAAAGAUGGUGGCAGGCUCCCUACUUUUGGGCGGGCACAAAACUAUACGAUUUUCUCGCAGGCAGUGAAGGAAUCGAGACGAGCUACUUCCUGACCAAGAGCAAGGCCUUGGAUGCGUUCCCUAUGCUGAAGAAGGAAAACCUGGUGGGCGCGCUGGUCUACUAUGAUGGAGCACAUAAUGACAGCCGAAUGAACGUUUCUAUCGCUGCCACGGCUGCGCUUUACGGUGCCACUGUCGUCAACCAUAUGGAAGUGACUAGUCUGACAAAGGACGAGAAUGGCAAGCUGAACGGCGCCGUGGUCCGAGACGUGAUCGCAGAUAAAAAUGGCAAGCCAGCACCCCCCAUCACUAUCCGCGCAAAGGGUGUUAUCAACGCGACGGGUCCAUUCUGUGACUCGAUCCGCAAAAUGGACGAUCUCAAGGCGCAAGAGAUUGUAGCUCCGAGUUCUGGUGUACAUGUGGUCCUUCCGGGAUACUACAGUCCUCAGAAGAACUCCAUGGGUCUGAUUGAUCCCGCCACCUCGGACGGCCGUGUCAUCUUCUUUUUACCGUGGCAGGGCAAUACAAUUGCUGGCACUACUGACGCUCCGUGCAAUAUCACCGAACAGCCCAUAGCCGGGGAAGAGGAGAUCAACUGGAUCCUGAACGAGAUCAGGGGUUACCUGUCUCCAGACAUCAAUGUUCGACGAGGGGAUGUGCUGGCUGCUUGGUCCGGUAUCCGACCGUUGGUCAAAGAUCCCAAGGCGAAAAACACUGAAUCACUAGUGCGAAACCAUUUGGUCACCGUGUCAGAAUCCGGGCUCCUCACGUGUGCGGGAGGUAAAUGGACGACGUACCGUCAAAUGGCAGAGGAUGCCGUUGAUGAAGCCAUCAAACAAUUCCACCUCCGGACGAAGCCGCUCACCUCACCAACGCGAAUCAGCGGAACCGAAAUGAUUGAUGAUGCUGCUCCUCUUGACGGCACCUGCCAGACACACCAGGUCCGACUCGUCGGUGCUCAUGGGUAUUCGAAAACACUGUUCAUCAGCUUGAUUCAACACUUCGGUAUCGAGACCGAGGUUGCCAAACACCUUGCAGAAGCCUAUGGCGACCGUGCCUGGACUGUAGCUGCACUUUCGAGCCCUACCGGUCAAAGGUUCCCCGUGCGAGGCAAACGCCUCUCUCCUCUGUAUCCCUACGCCGAUGGGGAGGUACGGCAUGCGGUGCGGCACGAAUUCGCCCAGCGUGCGGUUGAUGUCAUCGCACGGAGAACCAGACUAGCGUUUCUGAACGCCCAGGCGGCGUUGGAGGCAUUGCCCGAGGUCAUAGAUCUGAUGGCCGAGGAGCUGAAUUGGGACAGAAAAAGAAAGGACUUGGAAUGGAAGGACAGCGUCGCCUUUCUGGCGUCGAUGGGUCUGCCUCAGAGCAAACUGGGCGUGUCAAGAAAGGAUGUCGAGAGCGGGAAGGCCAGGUUUGCAGACGAAUAUGAACGAAAGUUGUAUUCGAGAUACGACGGACCAGCCGAUACGCUGGAGAGCGAUUCCAAGCUGAGUUCAGGUCACAACCCCGUAAUGGGGCAAAAUUCCCCAGCCAACAGCUGA